CAUACCGCGGUUUGUUUAUCUUCUGCUUUGGCGCCGGUUCCACGAAUAUUCGCGUAAAUUUUGUUGCGCACUUGGCCGUGGAAAGCUUGGUAGAUCGGCAGUUUAGUGAAAAAGAUACCAUGAGCACCGAUUGGCGUGCAAACUAUUCCGACGAGGAGGAAGAUGAGCAAGACGACGUUUUUGCCGGCCGUUCGGGGCUAAUAUUGACGGUGGACUGUGCCAGCUACAUGUUCGAGCAGGAGGGCGGUGAAUCGGAAUCUCGGUUCGUGGAAGUGCUGCACAUAAUCGAGGCCAUGAUGCGCAACAAAGUGGUUACCAAUGAGACGGAUUUGGUUGGAGUGGUGUUCUACAACACCAAACACAAUCCCGCACCCGAAACGGAGGAGGAACUGCAGCCGGGCUUGGUUGCGCCGCGGCAAUGUGCCAUCUAUCUCCCGCUCGGCGCAACCUCCGUGGAGAUGAUACGCAAAGUACGGGGAAUGCGCGAGUCGGACGACUUGUUUGGCUUCGACGCGAAGUAUGGCCACGCGCAAGGCACCAGCCUGUCCAAUGUGCUGUGGCUCUGCUCGCGCAUGUUUUCGCACUGCGGCUACAAGCUGGCGCAGUCUACGAUCGUGCUGUUUACGAGCAACGAUCAACCGCACGACUGUAGCAGCAGCGAGUAUCAGCAGGCGCUGGUGAAGGCGCGAGAUUUGCAGCAGAAGGAAAUCUUUGUCGAGCUGGUGCCGAUGAGCGGUAGCUUCGAGUGCGGCAAGUUUUACAAAGAGUUCCUGUGCACCGUGCUGGAGGAGGAGCUGGACGAGUUCGAGUGUCCGGUGUACGAGCAGUCGAAGGAACGGCUGCUUCAUCGGCUGUUUGUGCGAAGCUAUAAAAAGCGCUCGAUAGCGGGGAUUAAGUGGCAUCUUUCGGACGAUGUUUCACUGGCGGUGAAUGUUUACUCGUUGAGAAGGCGUCCCCGUUACCCCAAGAAAGUACGAUUGUUAAGAACUACCAACGAGGUGAUCGUAUCCAAACGGGUACACGUGUCCAGUACCUUUUCCGAUGAGCGCGAGGAGGAAGACACAAAAGUGCUCUUGCCCGGCGAACAAAGAAAAUCGAUCGCUAUCGGUGGCGAGAAGGUAUCGUUCAAGCCGGAAGAGGUGGCACAAAUGAAACAGCUGCUGCCGCCAGGAAUACGGCUGCUGGGAUUCAAACCGGCAUCGGUAAUCAAGAUGACCAAUCAUCUUCGCAGCAGCUUGUUCCUGUAUCCCAACGAAAGCUACAUCAACGGCUCGACUACGCUGUACCGUGCGCUGUACGAAAAGUGUCUCGAGAAGAACCAGGUCGCCAUCUGCAUGUUGACUAUGCGGCGAAAGCAACCAUCGAAAUUGGUAGCGCUGGUGCCGCAAACGGAGUUGGCGCAUGAUCCGCUGGGCGAAGCGGAUCGACAUUGUGGUUUCCGCGUGGAUUUUAUUCCUUUCGCUGGUGACAUUAGAAAGCUUCCCUUCCUGGAGGAGUCAGCCACCGCCCCGGAAGUCACAGACGAGCAGACCGAUCUGUUUAAAAAGAUGAUCAAAAAGGUGAAGUUCAAAUUUCAUCCCACCCACUUUGAGGAUCCGUCGUCGCAAAAUCUGUUCAUCAACAUCGAGUCGCUGGUGUUCGACGUGGAAGAUGCCGAACUGUUCGAUUCUACGCGACCCGAUUGCGACCGGAUCGAUACCAAGCUGGAACCAAUUCUGACCGAUAUGGAGCGCCUGUUUGGGGAGGAUGUCGAGGAAGCACCGAAACGACGUCGCAAUGAGGGAACGGACCAUGAUGGCGAACCGCGAACGAAAGGCCCGAGGGUCGCACCGGUCAAUGAUGAAGAGCUGGUAAAUCUGCUAAAACAAGGCAAAGAAUAUCGAAUCAAAUAAUUAAUGCCAUACACAAUGAUCGACUCGCAAUGUACGACCAGCGGUGUUGAUCGUUCAAAAGUAAACCAACUACGUCACCGACCGGACCCCCCUCUGAAGUGACUAAAAUGGUAGAAAAAACAAAACUGGAAACCAUCGCCCAAAACCUUCGGCAGACGAUGGGGAGGGCCCAUAAAGGCGCAGCAGCAGCACAUUAUAUUACACAAGCGCACACGGCGACGAACCCGCACCCGGGACGGGCACAGAAUGGAUGGAUGGAAGAAGACGACGUUCGAGCCGCGGCCUCGUAGGUUGAAGGUUAGCGCAUUGAACGGACGCCAUUGUGACGUUGCGACACACAAACAUACUCGAUUCGAUUCGGAUUCGGAAACGGCUCCGGUUCACUCACCCAGCACCGGUGUGUCGUCCUGCAGCUCGAGCAGCACCCGCCCGGACAGAAACUGGCCCGGGAAGUACAGCAGCGACGUGUUGUCGAAGAGGAUGAGAAAUUUCAGCAACUUCCGUGGCAUCUUGGCGCCCGCGAGACCCUUGCAGCUGGGGCGGAGGAGUGUGAUGUGUCGUCGUGAUGUGUACUUUCAGCGCCGCCCAACCGUGGUGUCAUUGAGCGGAUACGAUGAUCGAUAUACACUGCUGGCCGAGCACGGUGGGGUGAUGUGAUGUGUGGUGCUGCUGCUGCUGCUGCUGCCUGCCUGCACACACAUUCACCGUUCGACACAAACCCGCGCAACCCUUCCUCUCUCGAGGGCUCCCUAAUCGCUGGCUGGCGCCUGAUCGCGAAAAUACAGCACACGGGGGGGGGGGGGGGGGGGA